CCAUUCUCCACAUCUAGGCAAGAGGGUAGUGAAAGCAGCAGUGGCUUUGAUGUUGAUGGGUUGUCUGUUCUGCUGCCCCUGGAGGAAAAGUCAGGCUCUUCAGCAAAAGCCCUUGUCAGUUUAAAAGAGGGAAGCUUAUCUAACACAUGGAAUGAAAAGUUCAGUUCUUUACAAAAAACACCUGUUUGGAAAGGCAGGAAUACAGGCUCUGCUGUGGAAAUGCCUUUCAGAAAUUCAAAACGAAGUCGAUUCUUUUCUGAUGAAGAUGACAGACAAAUAAAUACAAGAUCACCUAAAAGAAACCAGAUUGCAAUGGUUCCACAGAAAUUUACAGCAACAAUGUCAACACCAGAUAAGAAAGCCUCACAAAAGAUUGGUUUUCGAUUACGCAACCUACUCAAGCUUCCCAAAGCACAUAAAUGGUGCAUAUAUGAGUGGUUCUACUCAAAUAUAGAUAAACCGCUCUUUGAAGGUGAUAAUGAUUUCUGUGUAUGUCUAAAGGAAUCUUUUCCUAAUUUGAAAACAAGAAAGUUAACAAGAGUAGAAUGGGGAAAAAUCAGGCGGCUAAUGGGAAAACCACGGAGAUGUUCUUCUGCAUUUUUUGAGGAAGAAAGAUCAGCAUUAAAACAGAAACGACAGAAAAUCCGGCUCUUGCAACAAAGGAAAGUUGCAGAUCUUUCACAAUUCAAAGAUCUCCCAGAUGAGAUUCCUUUGCCCUUGGUCAUUGGAACCAAAGUUACAGCACGAUUACGUGGUGUUCAUGAUGGUCUGUUCACUGGGCAAAUAGAUGCUGUGGAUACUUGUAACGCUACUUACAGAGUAACUUUCGAUAGGACAGGGCUGGGAACCCAUACUAUCCCUGACUACGAAGUUCUUAGUAAUGAGCCUCAUGAGACAAUGCCCAUUGCUGCCUUUGGACAAAAACAGCGGCCUUCUCGGUUUUUUAUGACUCCACCACGGUUGCAUUACCCUCCUCUUCUCCCAGCACCCACUACGGUAACGUUUUUAAAAUGUCAUCA